GUUAUUUAUAGCAGUGUAUGGUAUCAUUUCAAAGGUCCGGCAAACUUGGACGUCUACCGAGGCCGUAUGUGGCUUUUAAUGUCAAAUGAGUUUGACCCCCCCCCUGCUUUAGGGUUCCUCGCUUAGGCAGUGGAGCUAAAAGGCCAGAAGAUGGCAUCAUUUCUACACAUUGCUGGUUUCAGUACAGUACACUGAACCCUUUGACACAUUUGCUGAAGUCAUCCACCCUCCUCCCCUCUGAUGUAAGGUUGUUUUGUCCAGCACUAGCGUUUAUGACGCAUGAUACGCAAGAACAUUUACUCUUUGUGAAGUGGCGUUUUUAUAAACGUUUCAAACUAUUCUACGCGUGUUCGUCUUUUGAAGAUGCCUUCAAAUGCAGUCAGUCAAUGAGAAACCGAUAAACCCGUCUGCUGCCCGGUUGUGCGUUGCACUGAAACGAGAUGAAAGAAUCACCGGGUUAAAAAAAAAAUACACCACGACUACGCUUAUAUAACAAUUGGGACGUCAGGGUUGUUUGUUUACAAGUGGUUUGUGGCGCCAUGCUAAAUGCACACCGACAAGCCAGAAUUAAUGUUGCAAAUCCACACUAAUCAAUAUCUCAAUAGAAUUCUGCACAUUUAUAAAUGCUUUUCGGUGUAGGUAGCUAUCACGUGGCAGAUGAACUGUUUUGUUCAACUGUUUUGAUGAAGUCGAUGUUUCAAUGGCCGUCGACGUAUCUUGUUUGUCUCCGUAAUAAGAGGUAAGUAGAAGGGGCGGGGCUUUCCGUGUUUGAAUCAUCGAGAGAGCCAAUAGGCUGCCGAGGAGCUGGAAGAUGGACAGGCACGCCCCCCUAUGACUCAGUGUUCUCCUGUGGUUUUAGAGCGGCGCGUCACAUGUUGUUUUUCUCCACAACGGGAUCAGUCGUACGCUUCUCUUGCCUUCACCUCUUCUUUUUUUAAUUUAUUUUUUUCCUUUGAAGACAACGGACUCGCCUGCCAUGGAUUAAAUGAAAGCGGCGUGUUCAUAUCUUUGAUUUGGCUUUUUCGAAUUGAGGAGCAUUUGUGGUGCUCGGUGACAAGAGAUGGCAAGUCCUCCGGGGGCGACGGGACACCUGUUAUCUAAUGGCGUCAAUGGGGUAAAAAAGUGCGGCUACUUGAGGAAGCAGAAACACGGACACAGGCGCUUUUUCGUGCUGAGGGAGCCCGCCGACCGCUCGCCGGCUCGGCUGGAGUACUACGAGAGUGAGAAGAAAUGGCGGAACAAGGGCGCCGCCAAACGAGUGAUAAGUUUGGACUCCUGCCUCUGCGUCAACAAGCGGGCGGACGCCAAACACAAACACCUGAUCGCCCUCUACACCAAGGACGAGUACUUCGCCGUGGCCGCCGACAGCGAGCAGGACCAGGAGAACUGGUACGUGGUUCUAAGCGAUCUCCUCGCCGAAGGCAGGGUGUACGACAGCCCCGCUUCCACCUCCUCCCUCGUCGGCUUUGAAGAGGCCAACUAUGGAAUCGUGACCCCGGCGACGGCGGCGUACAAAGAAGUCUGGCAGGUUAAUUUAAAAUCCAAAGGUCUGGGUCAGGCGAAGAACCUCACGGGGGUUUAUAGGCUUUGCCUGUCCAGCCGAACCAUCAGUUUUGUGAAGCUGAACUCCGAGACGGCCGCGGUGUGCUUACAGCUCAUGAACAUCAGGAGAUGCGGCCACUCGGAUAGCUUCUUCUUCAUCGAAGUCGGCCGAUCGGCGGUCACCGGGGCCGGGGAGUUCUGGAUGCAGGCGGAGGAUUCGGUGGUGGCCCAGAACAUCCACGAGACCAUCUUGGAAGCCAUGAAGGCCAUGAAGGAGCUCUCCGAGUUCAGGCCCAGGAGCAAAAGCCAGUCAGCUAGCACCACCCCCAUUUCCGUGCCCACCAGACGCAAUCUGGGUAACUUGCCCCCGAGUCAAACGGGCCUGGUGAGGAGAUCCAGAACGGCCAGCGCGGCCGCCACAUCUCCGGCGAGGAAGUGUACACCCUGCCGGGUGAGAACCUCCAGCGAGGGCGACGGAAGCGCUCCGCGGCCCGCGUCCGCGGCGACGCCCGCCGCUAACGCAAGAUCCGCCAGUCCCAACGCCGGCUCUCAACUCGGCAAGUCCGGCACGCUGAGCGACGGACGCACCUGCAGGAUGCUUGAAACCACCUCCAACCUGCAUCAAAGCCCGUCCAUGCCGAGUUCCCCUCCCGCCGCCGCCCCCAUCAGCACGUCACCCGGACAUGAUCUCUCCACUCCCAACCGCGCCGGGCAAGCCUACAGUUGCAUCGGUUCCCUCGGCGACGCCGGCUUCUUACUAUGCGACGAUUACAGUUGCAGUCCACUUGAAGCCAAGUUCCCCCCCCUGACCCGCAGCGACACCCCCGACUCCCUGUCCAGCACCCCUUCAUCCCGUGACGCGAGCGACUCCUGCGGCUACAUGCUAAUGCUAGCCGCCAAGUCCGGCGGCGAAGGGGCGGCGGCGACGGAUAAAGCUUACAGGAAGCGAACGCACUCCCUCACCACGCCGCGUCACCCGAAAGCCGCCGCGCCGCUGUCGUCCGCAUCCCUGGAUGAGUACACCCUCAUCCGGGCCCGCGACGGACACAAUUCCCAUUCCGCCUCGCCGAAAGUCUGCUACCCGGAAGACUACGGAGACGUGGAGAUCGGCUCAUCCAGGAGCUCGAUUAGCAACCUCGGCGACGACGGCUACAUGCCCAUGACGCCGGGCGUGGCGUCGAACUCCGGCAAGCUGGACAACUACGUGCCCAUGAGCCCCAUGUGCGUCUCGGCGCCAAAGCAGAUUGUGAAUCCCAGGGUGCGCCCUCACGGGGCGACCAAUCGGGGCUACAAAACCGGCUCCCCAUCCAGCGUCUCGCUGGAGGACAACAACGGCUACAUGCGAAUGUGGUGCGGCUCCAAGUCGUCCGCGGAGAGCCCGGACCGGCACGGGGAGUACAUGAACAUGUCACCCGGAAACCCACCUGCGCUCCUCCAGACCCCGCCGGACUACUACGCGGGUUUAACGGCGUACCCGCCCAGCCACCUCUCGGUCCAAACCUCCGAGAAUGACGACGACGACGGCCAGUAUGUGUUGAUGAGCCCGCAAAGUUCCAGGCAGAGGGCGGCGGACGCGGACUACUAUUCGGUGAUGCGACCCGCCGCGGCUCAGGACUCGGCGCCGAGCCCCCCAACCGCUUCGCCGGCGAGACGCGGCCGGCCUGCCAACCUGACCCACAGGGGGGGGAGGCUCGGCAGGCCCAACAGGCUGUCCCUCAGGACCCUGCCGAGCAUGCACGAGUAUCCCCUGCCGGCGGAGCUCCCGGGAGAAUACAUCGAUAUUGAUUUCGGCGGCGCCAGAAUCUCUCCGCCUUCGACCGAGUCGGCGGGGAGCCGCUCGUCAUCGCUGAGCUCUUGCGACGAGGGUUCCAGGAGGCCUUGUCUGACGUCUUACGUCAAACUUGAGAUGGCCUUGCACCAACCCGACGAGGAGGCCGACGCUCUUGCCGCAGAACAGGCGCAGGCGCUCCCGGAUCUGUCCUCGCGGCCCGGCUCGGAGGAGGAUGGGGUGUGCCGGUUGGAUGCGCGCAAAGAGCCGAGAGAUGGCAAAGCGGGUCAAAACGACUACGCGCAGAUGACGUUUGGGAUGACCAGCUCACCCCCUCAGCUCGUUCCGCAAGUAACAACAGGUCAGAGCAGCAGAGGGAGAAGGCAUUCGCUGGAGGAGGCAACCGUCCCAGAAGAAAUCGGCGUCUUCCUCCUCGGGCCUGCCUCGUCAUCCAUACCGGACCCCGACCGCUCGGCCAAGGUGAUCCGCGCCAACCCGCAAGGACGACGACGCCACAGCUCGGAGACCUUCUCCACCAUGGCGACGGUGACGCCCGUCUUCCCUUCGUUUGCCCGCGGGGAGACGGCGAAGAGGCACAGCUCCGUGGAGAACAUCUCCUCGCGGAGCAGCGAGGGCUCCGACGAGGAGUGCGGCGGCAGCCCCCUGAGCCGACGCGGCUCGGCCGCUUACCCGAACGGACUCAACUACAUUGCCUUGAACCUGCUGGACAACAAAUGCGACGAGCUGGUCGGCUUCAAAGCGGUUAGCAGCUGCAAACGGGGAAUCGGUGGAUUGCACGGCACGCCAUACGUUUGCUUGGGCUUCAAGGAGUCUGUAACUACUGCCACAGAUUGAAGCAGUCGACUGACCUCGUGAUCGUGACCCCUUUGACCUCUGCGACCCCAAGCGGCAAACCUCAGCGCUUCAUGAAAACGCAUACACAAAAACACACACGCACGCACAUCUAUAGGCUAGAGGACGCCUCCAUUUAUGCAUGUUGGGAGUUUGAGGUAUGAAGUGUGUGCGUGCGGCGUGCGUAAUUGAGCAAAAACUCAGUCAGUGAACACUGUUACUUUGAAAUCUGACUAGCAGGAGUGCGAGCUCGUACACUUGAGUACAGAACUCUCUUUGGAUGAGUUUAUUUAUUUCCCCGAGGACGAAUGUCGAAUUGGUCCCACCCGAUGCCUUAACACGCUGAUAAAUUCUCUCCGUGUUCAGCGAAGCAGAAGGAAAUAUGCUCUUGCCGCAUGUCCGUCUGAACUUCUAUGUCGUUAUUCACUCGGGAGAGUAGUAUUAUUUACAGAAAAGUACAUUCAAAGUAUUUUCUUAAUUUGCUAUUUAUUCUCACUAGAUUAUUUUUUUAUCCAAAUAUAUUUCUAAAUAUACAAAGUUCUAUCUGAGCUCCGUGAUAAACCAGGCGUUGCAAUGCACUGCCCCUUCCGACCUUUUUCCUUCGGGUCCACGGUGAGCCCGCGGGCCCUAUGUUUGCGUCCCGCGACCAUGCCGCUGAACGUUUUUAAGAGUGUGCGAUGUCUACGUGGGGCUGUACUCGAAAGGCGGAAACAUCUGGCACCGCCAUGGAAACUCUCGGGGGAGUCUGCUGCGUGGGACUUUGAAGGAAGUGAAGCGGGGGCGGGGGGGGGGGGGGGCUAGGGGGGGGGUUCUCCCGACUGGGCUCGGCGGCAGGCAAAAUUCUUUCCGAUACAUGACGUCGUAAAUCGGCGGCAAAGCGCAACGCUAGCAAUGCAACAAACAUCGUAUAGAGAUUACGCCUCCCGACAUUAGCUUUGGAAAAAAAUCUAUCAUUGUAAUGAUGCAUCAUUUAAAUCCGGCAGCCCCCGUGCCCCCCCCUCCCAUUUUCUCCUGGACCCACAAAAGGCUGGCAACCCCUGCUCUGAAGAGCUAAAGCUAGCCUGUCCACGCCGCGGACUCCCAUCGGCCUUGUUGUGUUAGCGUUCGUCAGACACGAUGGUCGCGUUAGCUUAAAAAGCGAAGGACAGCUUAAGCCACCGGUGUCAAACUCAAGGCCCCGGGGGCCAGAUCUGGCCCGCCACCUCAUUCGAUGCGGCCCGCGAAAGUAAAUCAAAAAUGUCAACUUUCAUGACGCUUGCUAAAAAUGGCUACCAAAAUUGAAAUUCUCAGUUUCUGGAAAGCAUUUCCUUGUUAGCAGACCCCUCAUGAGAGUACUUUAAACAAUCGUUGAACGAAACAUUUUUCUUGACUUUUUCGAUAUGGUUUCAGUCGUAACGGCCCUGCGGGGAAAACGGUCACCAAAAUGUGGCCCGCGACAAAAAUGAGUUUGACACCCCUGCCUUAAGCCCUCCAUUCAUCAGAUCCAGUCACAACCCCCCCACCCCGCCCUCCCAGCCCCUUCCAGUCUAAUAGCAGAAAAUAUUAAAAGUCUCCAUGGUGUGUGUCAAAACACGUGCCGAAAUCCCACCUCCACACUUUCAAGGGUACUAUCGAGUUUGCGAAACCUUCGUACCAAAGUCCCAAAAUAUCACCGAGCUGGCGACCCGGUCGAACAGUUUCGUGACAUGCCGAGCUGUUGUUUGCCACGCUGGUCCUCAUCCAUCCAUCCAUCCAUCCAUCCAUCAUCUACCGCUUAUCCGGGGCCGGGUCGCGGGGGCAACAGCUUUAGCAGGGAAGCCCAGACUUCCCUCUCCCUAGCUACUUCUUCCAGCUCUCCCCGGGGGAUCCCGAGUCGUUCCCAGGCCAGCUGGGUGACAUAGUCUCUCCAGCGUGUCCUGGGUCUUCCUCCGGGUCUCCUCCCGGUGGGACAUGACCGGAACACCUCACCGGGGAGGCGCUCAGGAGGCAUCCGAAUCAGAUGCCCAAGCCACCUCACUCAUCUGGUCCUGACGUUUGUAUUUAUGAACUACCUGGAUGUGAAUAUGAUGUAAAUAGACAAAGAGUUGGCGUGAAAGCGCUUCUACUGAGAGUACAAAGAAUUCCUAAAAUCUAGAUUUUACCCGCGUUGCAUAAAUAUAUAAAGUAUAUCUCUAUAUCUAUAUCAAAUAUUUCUGCUAAACUAUUUUAGCUACCCUUCUUAUGGCUUUCAGGUUUUACAGUGUAAUGGUAUGCUUUCUCCUUCGGCGGUCUAAAAGCAAAAUAUUUGAUGAUUUAAAAAAAAAAAUGAAUUGCCUCGUGGACGGGAUGUGACGCACGAGCGAGACGUUCGAGUUUCUAACGGUGAAAAGCAAACGUUAAGCCAACGUUUCCCAUGCUUGUCUCUUUGCUUUCGGUUUGUUUGCUAGUUCCUUGUAGAGAGAAAAAAAACAAAAGAAAACGUUUUUGUUUGGUGUCAAUGUCUUCCGUUGUACAUAGAACGCGAUGCUCUCUAUUGUCAGGCGAAAAAUUUAUUCGAACGAUUUUAUGGAAUCUGGUGUUCAUUUAUUGUUUUGAUCUGUAUAGAUGGUGCAGAGUGACCUCAAUAAAUCAUUUAUUUAAACCGA